GCCGCCGAUGUUGGCGAUCGAGGAGUACGGCGACCCAGACGAUAACGCCACCUGGGAGCGGCCAUGCGACCACGGGCCCUCUCCCCGUACCACUUCGCGCUGCCCGGAGCCGAGUACCCGCCGGUGCUGCUCCUCGCGCGCACGGCGCCGGAACCGAGCUGGACGGCGCACCCAGCGCACGCGCGCAGGCUGGCAGCCAAGCUGCAGCAG